CAAUAGUAUGUGAGGGUGGGCACUGGGCUCAGGUCGUUAGUGGUAAUUGUGUAUUUGUAUAUAGUCAGUGUAUAAUGCGUUGCAGCAGACGCUGUUACAUGGCUGUAAGUGUAACUACAGCAGGGUAUAAUGCAGCAGAGCACCGGUCACUGACACCUGCUGCAUGUCUCACUGCAAUUACCCCGCAUGCAUGCUUCCAUUAUAGACACUGCAUACAUGCAGCAGUCCCACAAUGGAGCAUAGCCUGCUGCAUUCUGCAAACACUGCGCUGGAGAGCCGCCAAUUGAAAAUGGCCGAAGACCUGUAUGGGAAGAUUAUAAAUAGCUGCGCACAAAAUAGCAAAUGUAGCACAGAAGACCUCGCCGUUGCGUUCAAUAACAGGGGACAAAUUAAAUAUUUCCGAGUUGACUUCUACGAAGCGAUGGAUGACUACACGGAGGCCAUACGAAUAAACCCGCGUUUUGAGGUUCCAUACUACAACAGAGGCUUAGUCCUGUAUCGAUUAGGAUUUUAUGAUGAAGCCGUUAAGGAUUUCCAGAAAGUUUUACAGCUGAACCCCCGGUUUGAAGAUGCCAAGAUCAGCCUCAGACAGAGUAUUCUGGACAGUGAAGAAAGGAGGAAGAGGAUGGCUGAUGUCUAGAGUAGACCGCGCGGGAUGCAUUUUAAUUUGCCGGCUGUCGGGAUCCUGGAGGUCAGGAUACCAACGCUGGAUUCCCGACAGCCAACAAUGCCGCCAGCCGGCGCAACAGGACUAUUCCCACUCGUGAGUGUCCAUGACAGCCAUAGACUGGGAAUAGAUCCUGUGGUGAGCGCAGCAAGCCCGCAUGGGAACUCUCUUUGCGCUCGCCCUGCUGUCGGCAUUCUGGCAUGCGGGAUGCCGCUGUCUGAAUAUUGACAGCCGGCAUCCCGUCCGCCGGUAAAUCACACUGAAUCUGACCGUACACCCCCCAAGGCAUAGAUUGCUGCUGAGAAGCCCCUUCCACCAUGGUUCCAACCACAGCAGGGAUCAUUCACUCAAGCGGUCUCCCUCUGCCUUUCGUCUGACCGUGUAACUCCUUCUUCUUUUUUUUAUCUUUAAACUAUUCUGUAACAAUCAAGAAAAGUAGAGAUUAUAAGACAAAAGAUAAAUUGUGGUAAUAAAAUUGGUAAUGGAUAUACCACAAGAAAACGGUAUAAUAACGGAGAGGGUGAAUCUGUACAUGUUCCUCAUAUCGACGCUGACAGAUUGUCUACAUUGUAGAUGUUAGGGGCCGGUUCACAACUGCAUGAAAAAACGCAUUAUCAACAUACCAACUGCCAGCGUUCUGUCCAUGUCAACAGUCUGUCGACUUUCUGUGCCACACCCGGUGAGACAAGUAUGUGAACUAUGUAGAGACUGAACUACGUCAGUAUAUUGUACACUGCUUGUGGCAAAUGAUUGUCUAUAAUUCUGUUGUGUAAAGUCUAGAACAGAAAUAAUGCUGACUCACAAAUGUUUAGUGGCCGGAGACCUGCAAUAUUACAAACCUUUACAGCAGGCCAAGCAAUUUGUACACUCUGGGACUUGUAGUUCUGCAAGAGCUAAAGGGCCUGUAGCCAUUCAAAACUGCAGAAUGCCGAUGUUCAACUGGUGUCACAUGGACGAGACAUAAUACAUAAGAGAGAACAAGCGUACCAGGUGGGGAAGAGGAAAACGUGGAAGAAAUACAGUUAUAGGUUGAAGUGAUUAUUGCAGCCUUAUGGGCAGAAAGAAAGUAUCCGGCUAUAGAUCUACACUAAAAAGGUCUACAGUCAAUAGGUCGACCACUAAUGGUCGACAUGCAGUAGGUCGACAGGGUCAAAAUGUCAACACGUUUUUAAGGGCUUUUUACAACUUUUGCUGCAUUUACUAUUCAUGUCACAAACUAUUACCUUUAGUAACCUUGUGGUGAGCGAGCCACCGCUCCCAAAGCGUGGCGAGCUAAGCGAACCGGCAAGGGGACGCAUUUAAAAAAUAAUUGGGGUAAAAAAUGUUUAAAACCACAAAACACCCAAUUUUUUUUUUUUUUUUUUUUUUACUUUUUUUUUUUUGGGGGGGGGGUCUACCUUUUGUCUGUCAACCUUUUGACCUUUUACUGUCGACCUAAUGACUAUCACAACCCAGAAAGCCACUGUCGGCAGUCACAGUGGUAGGUGUGUCGCUGUGACAGAACGGUUCAUGAUUUGCAGGCUCUCCUGCCACUCCUCUGUCAGCGCUGUCUAACAUCUCAGGUAUAGAGCGGCACAUUGCUGAGCUCUGCAACCUUUUAUUUCUAUUAGGGAGAGUAUCAAAGAGCAACAUUUACCUCACAUUCCGCUCUCUGCAGACUCUUUACAGGCACUUUUCUCCAGCAGAUUGAAUUUAUACUGUACCAGCAUUCUUACAGCUGUUUUUUAAUUCAUUGCGUUUUCAUAAUUUGCCUUAAAGUGUCUAUAUCUACUAGACAGGGUUUAUUAUUAAAAAUAAUAAAUGCAGUAGAUGUAAAGGCAUUGGUGAGUGCAAAGUAUUUAGGAAAUGUUCUGUGUAUGCAAGGUGAUAUAUUACGUUUAUUUAAUGGUAAUUCCCCCUCACCAUUAAACACGUGGCCCAUGCCACAACCUACAGGUAGUGCGGUAUGUACGUAUAUGGUCAGGGAAUCUUGAUGGGUUCCGAUUCCAGAGUUUUUGAGGGCCUGCAGCACUUUUAUUUGUGAUUGAAUAAUUUAAUUAAAUAAUUUUCCCACAAAGGUCUAAAUUUAAUAUUUAUAUACUGUAUAAUAUAAUCUAUGAUGGGUUUCCAGAAGCUCUGAUCCGCCAGAGAACUGAAGUUAUUUUGCAUAAAAUGGGUACCCAGUUUCUGAUGUGUCAGCUCUUUACAUAAUCUGGUCCCGCAAAAUGGAAUUUCUUUUUUCCAACGUUCAAAUCUGGAUGUGGUCAUCUGCCUGAUCUGACUGUCCUUGGUCAGAUCAUACAGACUUUACAGACACCCUCCCAGAUGAAAACUGGAAACUAGAAAAUAAAAUCCUACAUCAGGUUACUCCGUAUGUCCAGUGAAAUUCCGCAUCCAGGCCAGUGAAUCUGUGUACAAGGACUCAGCCACUGGCUUCGGCACACCCAGAAAACUGGGCUGACACGCCCCCUGUUUUCUGGAACGCUCUGUGUCAUCACCCCCAAAUACCAGCAGCAUGCCGACGUUGCAGAAACAGAUCUGUACAUCUGCAGAUCUGCAAACAUCAGAGAGGUUUAUAAUAAUCGAUUAUACGUACAUCUCUGAAUUAGGCCCCAAGGUAGCUUUAUAGGGCGUGGAGUCAGGAUAGAUCCACAAUACCCUGGAGCAAUACCCAUGGCGGUUAUGCAAUUAUUGGGCAUAAUUUAGGUGAGGACUGCGGAGAUGAGCCCUCAUCUUUAUUGGAUUACUUUUGAUUGUGAUGUCCCUUUAAUCUUUCCCUAUCAUGAUUGCGGUUUUGUGUAACGUUAUCUUAUUUAUAAUCAUGUUAUAAAGCAAUUUAUUACAAUUAAGGAUCAGCCAGUUGUUUUGGAUUCCACUAAAUGGUUCUAGCCUGGAGUUUACAAUAAGGCUAGUACUUGUGUUUCUUCAUGUUGGCUUGAUCUGAAUGUAUUUAAAUGGUUAUCUUAUUCAUCAUCAUAUUAUGCUGAUAUUGCUUGUACAGAUUAUGAAGUUUUAUUCAUUAACUUUAAUAAAAUCUAUUUCUUUAAAA